AUGCCAAAGAAAGGUGGGACGAAGAGGGUUUACGAUUUAUCUGAUGAAAAACUUGAUGCUUUAGUUGAAGCAAUUGAGGGUGAUUUAACAGUAAAUCAAAAAAAGGCUUCAAAAAAGGGAAUGACAAAAAAACAAUCUUUGGAUCUUAGUGAAAGGAAGGUAAAUCAUGCUAUUUGUAAGGUACAAGAUACUACAAGUGGGAUGUCUUUUAACGAGGAAGAGUUGAGAAUGGCCCUCUAUGCUCAACGUAUGUUGCAGGAAAAGGCCAUCAAGGAUGCUCAAUACAUCAAUGUUGUGGUGCCUUUAAAGGAAGAUCAAACUAAAUGGCAGGAAGUGGCACCGAAAAAAUACAUUCGUUAUGAGCAAUUUGAUGGGAGCCAAGAUGCAAUGGAUUUUGUUGUUCGCCUUUUUACAAAGGAGCUCACGGAACCCUAUAGCAGCUUUACAUAUGAAUACUUUGUCUUUGGAUGGCCUGAUUUGACAGUGAUUGCAUAUGGAAUUGAAAGUGAGACAACUCCGGACUCGUCUGUUAAAGGGGAACGAGUGGGGGCGGUGGUUUCCCGAGUAACGCGAAAAGGACCUGGUCGUCCGCUGAGAGGUUAUGUGGCGAUGUUUGCCGUAGUACCGGAAUUUCGUGGAUUUCGGCUGGGAAGCCGUUUGGUAGCUCUUACUAUUUCUUUGAUGAGAGAGAAGGAAUGUGAAGAGGUGUAUUUGGAAACACCUUUAACGAAUGCCCGUGCACUCUCACUUUACUUGAGCCUGGGUUUUGUGAAGACGAAGUUUCUGCCAAGGUACUAUCUUGAUCAAUCUGAUGCUGUUCGUCUCAAACUGUGGCUUAACAAUGCCACAUAUUCUCACGGAGGAGUCGUUGGAGCAGACGAAACGCGUGAAAUUGCUUAG